CCCUGCAGGAAGUAGAAGACUAUAGAGGAAGGCAGAACCAAGACAUGGAGUACAAGUUCAAGUUGGCUAGAAACCUCAGCCGCUUCGAGCUGCAGAAGCUUGGCCUGAUGGCAGUCGUCGGAUGCUUUCUCCUCCUCUCGCCGACCAUUCUCACAAUGACUAAACCCUGCAUGGAUUCUUUCUCCAACUGGAUCAAGAGCAAGACACUGGAGGAUGACCCUGCAUGCCAUGAACAAGAAAUGAGUUCAUGUCGAAAGGGUACUAAUAAUGCAUCUCAGGAAGAUAAUCUCGCCGGCACAAAGCAAGAUGGGAGGAAUGAUUCCAAGCUGGAGAGCAGGCCUACAUGUGAUGUCUCGGGUCCGAGGUCGAUUGUCUGUGAAAUGGAUGGUGAUGUAAGGAUUCAUGGGAAUUCUUCCUCAGUUAUAUGGAUUGCUUCCUCUAAUACUUCUCGAAGAAAUGAAGCAUGGCAAAAGAUUAAACCUUAUGCUCGGAAAGGGGACAUCACAGCAUUGCACAGCGUGCGGGAAUUGUCUUUAAGAUCGAUGAGCAGGCAUGAUGAAGCCCCUGCUUGCACCGUCAACCACAGUGUUCCUGCUAUCGUCUUCUCAACCGCAGGGUACGCCGGGAACAUGUUCCAUGACUUCUCCGACAUGCUGAUCCCUCUCUUCCUGACUUCUCACAGAUACCAUGGGGAGGUUCGAUUUCUUAUAACAAACAUGAAGCCAUGGUGGAUAAGGAAGUAUGGGGAAAUGCUGAGGCAUCUCUCAUACUACGAAAUCAUCAAUUUUGAUGAUGGUGAUGAAAUCCAUUGCUUCCCGCAUGUGAUCGUCGGUCUUCAAUGUCACAAGGAGUUCAACAUCGACCCCUCGAGGCCUCCGGCCGGGUACUCCAUGGCCAACUUGACGCAGUUCAUGAGGAGCUCAUACUCUUUGGAGAGGGAGAUGAUAACCAAGGCCGGAGAGCACACCGGAAGGAAACCGAGGCUGCUGAUAAUAUCGAGGAAGCGGACACGAUCAUUGACGAACACCAAUCAGAUAGUUGAGAUGGCUGAAGAAGUGGGAUAUGAAGUUGUUGUCGUGGAGCCAAGUUUAAGGACGGACAUGGCUGAAUUUGCUCGGAUAGUGAACUCCUGCGACGUGAUGGUGGGUGUUCACGGGGCUGGGCUUGCGAAUAUGGUAUUCCUUCCAAGGAAUGCCGUCCUGAUACAAAUCGUUCCAUGGGGGCAGCUGGGAGGAAUAGCUAGAUAUGACUUUGGAUGGUCUGCAUCUAAUGCUAGACUCAAGUAUUUGCAGUACGAGAUUAGUCUGGAGGAGAGCUCGCUAAUGGAGCAGUAUCCUCGCGACCACCCCAUCAUUAAGGACCCCCUCUCGGUCCACAAACAGGGAUGGGGUGCUGUGAGGGAUACGUUCUUGUACAAGCAGAAUAUAAGACUUGAUGUAAGGAGGUUUAGGACUGUUCUAUCAGAAGCUCUUGGGCAUCUCCAUCGAUAAGAUUAUGGAAGCUUUUUAAAGGUUGACAAUUUCAAAUCUUUUCUUUCUUUUUUUCUUUUCUUUUUUUUUUAAGAAAGAGACAAUUAUGAAUCUUUAAGUCUAUUCUUUCACCAUAUGGUUUUCAGAAACCUAGUUCAUGAGUGUAAUAUGAGGCUAAUAUAAUGCAAUGUAAUGUACAGAA